CGCGCCGCCCGCGCUCUCGGAAGCGUCCGGAGGAGGGUCUCGGGGUCCGGCUGGUCGCUGCCCGCGGGCCGUCCGAAGACUGGGCUCAUCCGGUGCGACAGCCCUGCCCCGCCCGGGGGGAGGGGCCGGGCCGGCCCGGGACCCAGAGGCCGCCGCCGCGCACCCGGAGAGGCUGCACCGCCGCCCCUCCCGUCCCCUCUCCGGCCUCCCGGGACCCGCAGCGACCCCAGCCCCCCCCCCUCCACCCCCGGGCCCUCCUCUGGACGCCUCCGGGUCCCCCGCGUCGGCCUCCCUGGGUCCCGGCGCCCCGUCCUCCCGCCCACCGCUGCCACCUCGCGCAGGGCUCCCCGGGCCUCUCCCGGCCCCCGACCCCCUGCCCCGGGUCCCCGGAGCCGCCGCGGUCGGGCCCCCCGAGCCCCGCGGACAUGCUCGGGCUGCUGGCGCUGCUGCUCCCGCUGCUGCCGCCGCCCGCGCGCGCCCAGGAGCCCUCCGCGCAGGACGUGAGCCUGGGAGUGGACUGGCUGACCCGCUACGGCUACCUGCCGCCACCCCACCCUGCCCAAGCACAGCUGCAGAGCCCUGCGAAGCUGAGGGAUGCUAUCAAGGUCAUGCAGAGGUUUGCCGGGCUGCCUGAGACAGGCCUCCUGGACCCGGUGACCAUGGCCACCAUGCACAGGCCCCGCUGCUCCCUGCCUGAUGUGCUGGGGGCGGCAGAGCUGGUGAGACGUCGUCGCCGUCGCCGGCGCUACGCCCUGAGCGGCAGCGUGUGGAAGAAGCGAACGCUGACGUGGAGGGUGCACUCCUUCCCCCAGAGCUCGGCACUGAGCCAGGAGAUGGUGAGGACCCUCAUGCACCACGCCUUGACCACCUGGGGCGUCGAGUCAGGCCUCAAAUUCCAGGAGGUGGGCUUUCAGAGCCCAACGGAGCCCGACAUCGUCAUCGACUUUGCCCGGGCGUACCACCAGGACAGUUACCCCUUCGACGGGCAGGGAGGGACCCUAGCCCACGCCUUCUUCCCCGGGGAACACUCCAUCUCUGGGGACACGCACUUCGACGACGAGGAGAUCUGGACUUAUGGGUCAAAAGAUGGUGAGGGGACGGACCUGUUUGCUGUGGCUGUUCAUGAGUUUGGCCACGCCUUGGGCCUGGGCCACUCCUCGGCACCGGACUCAAUCAUGAGGCCCUUUUACCAGGGCCCGGUGGGCGACCCCCACAAGUACCGCCUCUCCCAGGACGACCGGGAAGGCCUACAGCAGCUCUAUGGGAAGGUGCCCCAGACACCUUACGAUAAGCCCACAAGGAAACCCUUGGCUCCUCCUCCCCCACCCCCUGCCCUGCCCCCAGACAGCCCCUCUCUCCCCACCCCUGACCGAUGCGAAGGCAAUUUUGAUGCUAUCGCUAACAUCCGUGGUGAAACCUUUUUCUUCAAAGGCCCCUGGUUCUGGCGCGUUCAACCCUCGGGACAGCUGGUGUCGCCCCGGCCCGCCAGGCUCCACCGCUUCUGGGAGGGGCUGCCCGCCGGGGUGAAGGUCAUCCAGGCCGCCUACGCCCGGCCCCGGGACGGCGGCAUCCUCCUCUUCAGCGGCCCCCAGUUCUGGGUGUUCCAGGAGCGGCAGCUAGAGGGCGCCCCGCGGCCGCUCACGGAGCUGGGGCUGCCGGCCGGAGAGCAGGUGGACGCCGUGUUCUCGUGGCCGCUCAACGGGAAGACCUACCUGAUCCGGGGCGGGCGCUACUGGCGGUACGACGAGGCGGCCGCGCGCCCGGACCCCGGCUACCCCCGCGACCUGAGUCUUUGGGAAGGGGCGCCUCCCGCCCCCGACGAUGUCACCGUCAGCAACGCAGGUGACACCUACUUCUUCAAGGGCGCCUACUACUGGCGCUUUCCCAAGGGCAGCGUCAAGGCGGAGUCCGACUCCCCCCAGCCCAUGGGCCCCAAGUGGCUGGACUGCCCGGCCCCCAGCGCCGACCCACGCGCCCCCAGGCCCCCCAAAGCCACCCGGGAGCCCGGAGCCUGCAAUUGUCAGUGCGAGAUCAAUCAUGCCUCAGGGCGGCCGUCGCUGUCCUUCCUGCUGUCCCUUCUACCCCCGCUGGUGGGGGGCGUCGCCUCCAGCUGAGGGGGACGGUCCCGGGGCGGGGCUCAUGCGGGUGGAGCUUCGCCCUGGGGACGCGGACAAAUGGCUAGCCCUUAGACUGGACGGGCCAUGUGCUCACCCUCGCCGUUCCAGCACCCCCCCCCCCCCCCCCCCCCCCCAGCCCCACCCCCACCCCCACCCCCACCGUUGUCCUGGCUGCGCCACGCGCUGCCGCUACAGGAAGCUCUUUUUCCCCCGGAAGAGCUGGUGCUUCUCAGCAGCCUGUGACUAUAGCCCUGGCCCCACCUGGCAACAGAGGUUCCUCAUAGCGGCUCCUGGCUGUUUGGGGCUUUAGAGGACUGGACUGAUUGGGGCAACUGAACCCCAGCCCCUCUCUCCACCUGCUGCUCCGAAUUUCCCAGAAGAGUCCCACUGUCCUGCUUCUGCAACGUCCCAGGCAAUGCCACGUGGAUGGGGACCCCAGAUCCAGCCCUCAAGUUACCCCCUGAGCACGAGUGUCCCAUAUCCUGGGUGACAUCAGUGCCCCAUGUCCUGGGUGACAUCAGUGGCCACCCAGACGACCCUCCACAACCGAGGCCCCCGUGGACCUCCUUUCUGGUCACCAUCUUGGACCCAGAACAGUCCCGGUUCAACAGAACACCCUCCAAUCCCUAAAAAUCCGCUCAGUCCCUCCACACUGGAGCGUGUACCGCUUCCCUCAGGGAGAACUCUUGGGUUCUCCGCGGCUCGGUGCUGUGAAGACGGUGGACUGAGUUCCCUUUCCAUCCAGGGGUCACUGCUUCCUCAGCACCCCUGGGCGAUGAGUGGGAGGACCACCUCAUUCACCUCCCACUCCUCCCCGAAUUCAGGACCUACAUCAGUGCCUCUGGAACUGCACUUCUGGAAUCUUCCACAUCAGAAUCACCUAGGGAACUUAAAAAUGCGGAUCCCAUGCCCUCACCCUGAAUCACUUGGGGGCUGGGGCCAGGGGUCUGCACUCGAGUAAGCUUGGGGGGGCAGCCCUGAUGGGCGAGGUCCUCUCUGUCUUGUGGUUUUUCUGUGUCUCUGAAGUGUUCUCCCUCCCAGGGACCAACCUUGAGCACAUUCUCUGCAGAAUCAGGUUGAUGGCCAUGCUCGAGUAGGAUCUAUCCCCUUUGGGUGGAGCCGCUUAGGGGCCACUUCCUGGGUUGCCAUCCGCCCACAGUGCUGCCUGGGGCUGAGGCUGCGGGCUGCUGUCCCAGCGUGCAGGGCCCUCGGUCAGGACAAGCUGACCAGUCGGAGGGCAACAGCCAGGUGUCUUCAGCCAGCCCGUGACCUGAGAAUUCCAAGCCACCAGAAAACCCGAAACCCGGGCCUCUGUCAGGAUCCUUUCAAAAUAUGUGGAGGAGGAAACUUAUAUUUUAAAAGCUUAUGAGCCCCGCACAGGAGGACAAUGAAAGUGACCCGAGAGAAAGCCCUUCAUUUCUCCUGAGCACAGAUGGAUCCGGGGACACCAUUAAAAAAAUGAAAAGACCACCCACAAAACGGGAGAAAAUAUUUGCAAAGGACAUAUCUGAUGAGCGGCUCGUAUCCAGAAUAUAUAAAAUACUCUGACAGCUUAAUAAGCAGAAGGUAAAUGACCCAGUUUAAAGACGGGCAAAGGAUCAGAAUGCACAUCCCUCCAAGGACAACGUACAAGUGGCCGACAAGCCCACGAAAAGAUGCUCGACAUCACUAGUCCUAAGGGGAAUGAAAAUCAAAACCACACGGGGAUACUGUUUCACACCCGCCAGGGCUGCGAGAAUCAAAAACAUCAUAGUCGGCGUGGGCGAGGAUGUGGAGAAACGGACCAUCAUGCGCUGCCGCUGGGGAUAGGAAAGGGCGCAGUAGCUUUGGAAAAUCGUCUGGUGGUUCCUCAAAAAGUGGGAAACCUAGUCAGUUACCAUAGGAGCCAACAAUUCCCCUCCUAGGUGUGAACCCAAGAGACCUAAAAACAGACAUCCGCACAGAAACUUGUACAUGGGCGUCCACAGCAGCGUGAUUCGUAAGAGCCAAAAGGCGGAAACAACCCGAAUGUCCAUGGACAGACGCGCGGAUACGGGAAGUGGCACGUUCAUACAGGGGAGCGUUCAUUAGCCCUCGAAAGGACUGACGCGCGGGUUCGCGCUACAACCCCGAGGAAUUGAAAGCCCCGUGCUAAGUGCAAAAGGCGGCCACAAAAGGUCACACAGCGUGACCAUCUCUAUGUGAUUCCGUGUAUAUGAAACAUCCAGACCAGGGAACUCCAGAGACAGUAGAUGCGUGGCUGUCUGGGCGGGGCUUUGGGAUGGGGGGGGGGGUGCUGGCUAGCCUUUUUGAGGUGACGAAAAUGUUCUGAAAUUGGCUGUGACGGGUGCACGGUUCUGUGCGUUGAAUUAUACGCUUCAGCGGGGGA